CGUUCCGUAAGCUGCGAGUUGGACCUCGAGCCUGGCCGAUACGAGGUCUUGCCCAAGAUCACGGCUACUCGCCACAAGUCGCAGAGGAUGGUGGAGGAUGUGGUCAAGGAGCAGUACGUAUUUCCCCACCCGCAGGGCCGAGUGACUGACGGGCUUUUGAUCGCUUCACUACUCACCAGAAGAUGUGCUUGCUGACAUUUUCACCACAGGGCCGAGAGGAACCCUUCCAAGCUGCGGCAGGUCGGCAUGCAGUAUGACCUUGCCCACGCCAAGGGCGGCAUCCCGGAUGAAGAUGAGCUCCUGACAAAAAAGAAAGAGGAAGAGAAGAAGAAGGCUGAGGACAAAAAGAAAAAGAAGAAGGAGAAGGAGAAGCGCAAGAAGGAGAAGGAGAAGGCCAAGAAGGCCAAGGCUAAGGCAAAGGCCAAGAAGGCCAAGGCACUCGAGGUCAAGCUCAAGGUCGAGACCAAAGAUGGCACCACCACCGCAGAAGUGUCGACAGCGGGCAGCAAGCCUUCGGAGGAGAAGAAGCCCGAGGAGACGGUCGAGGACAAGUCCAAGACCGACGAGGUUGCCAAGCCCGAGGAGGCCGUAAAGACCGACGAGCCCGCAAAGGCUGAGGAGACGGCCAAGCCUGAAGAAGCUGCCAAGACCGAGACCAAGGACGAGGACAAGAAGGCCGAUGCGUCUGCCGAGACGGUGGCAGUUGAACAGAAGGCAGAGGAAGUGGUUGAUGAUGACGACGACGACGACGAUGAUGACGACGAAGAAGAAGACGAGGACGAGGAUGAAGAGGACAAGGACGAGAAGAAGGACGAGACUCCAGCAUUGGAUGAGGAAGAGGACAGGGUGCCCUGGAACGCCGUGUGCGUCAUCGGGCUUCGUGUCUAUGCCCGCGACUCCGAGGUCACGGUCGCGCUGGCGGCGCCUAAGAGCAACGAGGAGGCGGCGAGUCUUGUGGUCGACUCUAAGGCCGUGGGAGCGACCAUGUAAAAGGAAAAAGAGAACGAAAAUAGUGGCCUCUCUCUUCAGUCUAUACCUAACACAGAGUAACAGCUUAUGGAUUUAUGAAUGCAGAGUACUCGGCAAAGAGGGCUUUCCCUGGAUGAGUUACGAUUAUUUAUCUUACUUGCGGAUGCUAUGAAUGAAAUGUCACGACAAACAAGGAUCCUGAGGUAAGUAGACUGUAGCUUGGUUUAGCACUUUCAGUUGGUUUCCAUAUUAUCUGUAGGCUCUGCAUGUCUUCAAAAUAAGUGGUUUUACAGCAUACACAGAUCCAUUUCCAAAUAAAGCAUAUAGUUCCCAGUGAUAAUCACCAUUUGUUUUUCUGUAACUGAACCUCAGCUGUCAGAGCUUGUUGUCACGGACGGGCGUUUACCCCGCUCCCUGACACCCAUAGGUAGCUAACCCG